UUUGACACAAGCUACAAGCUUGUGGCUAAAAAAGUAACAUCAAAAUUCAUCGCGGUCUUAAAGACAAAACAUCUUAAAAUUUUCAUUUCUUUUAAAUUGUUGUAAAGUUUUAAUUAAUUGAUUUGAUAAAAUGAAUUUCGGUUCACAACCAGCUCAAGCAACAACCACCCCAAGCUUGUCAUUCAAUUUGCCAACACAACCAGCUCAGCCUUCACUAACAUUUGGCGGAUCAGGCGGUGGCGAUGCUGGAGGUAUAAAACCAACUCUUGGUGGUCUGCCGGCCACCACCAUUGGCGGAAGUUUCUUCAGCACACCGGCUACAAAUGCACCCACAACUAGUGCAUCCGCCCCAACACUCAACUUCGGUUCCGCAGCACCAACUGUAGCAGCAACGUCUGCCCUAACAACCUCAGCAGCCCCAGCUCUGAUGUCUCUGCCCAAGACAACAACCACCGGUCUGACAAACUUGACCACCGCCACAAAGACCACAGACUCAAGUGCAGCUCAACAAUCGUCAACACAAAUGACCUACAAUCAACUGGAGGAGCACAUCAACAAAUGGACUCUCGAGCUGGAGGAACAAGAGAAAAUAUUCACCGAUCAAGCGACACAAAUCAAUGCCUGGGACAAGAUUCUGAUCAGCAACAAUCAGAAGAUUCUCGAGCUGAACGACGCCGUGCAGAAGGUAAAGACUGACCAACAAACACUGGAGCAGGAACUCGAAUUUAUUGCCACUCAACACACCGAACUGGAAGAGAGCAUUGUGCCGCUGCAAAAGGAAUUCAUGAAGAUCCCACAAGUCGAUAUGGAACGGUCGCAGACAUAUUUAUUGGUCGAGAAUUUGGAUACACAGCUGAAACAGAUGUCUGAGGAUCUCAAGGAAAUCAUAGAUAAUCUGAAUGAAUCGAAUAAGGGUCAAGAUAGUACAGAUCCAAUUAUUCAGAUUGGAAAGAUUUUGAAUGCCCACAUGAGUUCGUUGCAGUGGAUUGAGACAUCCUCGGGAGUUAUAUCUAAUAAAUUGGAUGAUAUCACUAAGAUGCACGAGUCAUUCAAGAGGGAUUCGGAGAGAUCCUUUAGAUCUGCGUAUUACAAUUGAUUUGUUUGAUGUUUUCUUUUUUAAUUAGAAUGUUAUCAAUUCGUUCAAUAUUAUAGUCUUUAAAAUAAAAUGAAUAAUUUUCUGGAAAA